UAAUGUUGAGCUCUGUAGAUCAACAGAGGGGAUCGUAUGCAAAUAUUGAUGUCCAUGUGCUGUCGUAGUAUGAGUUACUAUAAGGAGGUAAUGCGCUAAAGAUUAUUGUUCUUGACAGAAAAGAAUAGGAGUCACUGUGUUGAUGCUGUGGGGUGAGAGUUUCCAUAGAGUUUCCCUGUAUCUGAUUCCGCUGAUGGCAGGGAAUUUGUUUCCGUUGUUGCGGUGAGCGGCGUGCGGUGUGGAUGUCCUGCUCACUGUCCGUCUCAUCCUCCUCGUCGUCUGCCUGCCGUUUGCUCACUGUCCUUGUCGUCGUCGACCAUCAACGCGCAUACAUCGACCUCUUCCGUCGAAGGCAGAGUCAGUCAAUGACCAACCAACCACCGCAACCUCAGCAAAUACAGCAACAGCAGUACCAAACUAACCAGCAGCAACAACUCCACCAUCACUUCCUCCAACCAGCCGCUCAACCCGGCCCAUCCCUCUCCCCCAACCCGCCGAACGUCGCACUCCUUAUGGCAGCCCCAGGCUUAGUAGCUUCAGCAGGCCAGCUACCGGCUCUCCACCUUUAUCCGCUCAACGACUCCUUUGUUCCUAAGCAGAUAUCGCUUGCGCAAGGGAAGGUCCGCAUAGGACGGCAGACAAACGCGAGAACAGUUCCGGGCGAGAGGAAUGGCUACUUUGACAGCAAGGUACUCAGUAGGAUGCAUGCCGAAGUAUGGGAGGAGAAUGGCAAAAUACUGAUCAAAGACGUCAAAAGUUCCAACGGUACAUUUAUCAACUCGGAGCGGCUUUCCCCUGAGGGGGCUGAGUCGGAGCCCUUUGAGCUCAAAUCGGAGGACAUCGUCGAAUUCGGAAUCGACAUCGUAGGGGAAGACAACCGCACGAUAGUGCAUCACAAAGUUGCUGCCAAGGCCUACUGCAUCCUCUCGCCAGAAGACAUGGCCGCCUCACAGCGAGAGAUGCAAUACUUACGCAAUCCGUCCAACCGUCUGCCUCAUCCCGUCAUCAAUGGCGCCCCUCCAGGUCCACAGGUCAAUGGUGGCAUGCCAAACGGCGUACCAGGCCCUGGUCCAUCUCAGCAGGGUGGACCGCAGGUGCAGCAGCAGCAGCAAGGCCAGACUCUGGGCGGGAUGGGCGCUGCUCGUGCUCCCGGUAAAAGCGGGCUUACCUUCGAUCAUCUCCUUAGCAGAUUGCAAGGGGAGAUCGUUAAAAGCCGGGAUACUGGCAACGAGCUCGGUAUGAUAGGAAGGGAGAUGAGUGAGAUCGGGGAGACCUUGAGUGGGAACUUGCCGCAGCAUCCACCCCCACCACCGCCCCAGUCACUAAGUGGACAGUACCAGCGCGACCUGCCUGCACCCUCGAGUAGCUCCUCAGCUAUGCUGAGCUCACUCCAAUCCCAACUACAUGAGACCCGCGCUUCCCUCGCGACCCACGCCGACAAAGUGCGCACGCUGGAGAGCUUGCUUGUGGAGCACGAUGCGCUCAAGCAGGAAGUGGCCGGAAUGAGGGAGGCGAUGGAAGAGAGCCGGCGAAUCGUGGAACUCUGGCGAGGUGAGAGAGGGCGACCGCAGGACAAGGCGGAGAUGAAGGAAAUUGUCGACGCGCGGCCAGAGGCAGAAGGCGAAGCGGAAGCCGAUGAUGAUAUGGACGACAGCAAGAGCGUCCUUACGAUCGUACCUGGUGAUGAAGAAGCCGAGCACGACCAAAUUUUCAUACCCGAUUCUGAGCCCGAGCGCGAGCAAGAGCAAGGAACUAUAACCGACGAGGAAAUUCAACAUGUGCUUGAGCAUGCCCAAGAAGAGCCGCAUGACCGGCAGGCGCAGGCGCAGCUGGAUAGUAGCUCUCUCCAACCCGAGGAACAAGAGCUUCACCGGCCCAAGACACCUGAGCCUACGGGCCAUGGGCUCGAUGAUGACGAGCCUCAGUCGGACAUGCAGCAGGAGAUCCACCUCCUUGGAAAUGGAGUUCCUCCCCAUCCGCAGGCGCAAGAGGAGGACGUCGACGUUCCCCCACUUCCGCUUGGUGCGACGCUUCCUCCCUCACCACCUUCCCCGCCAAGAGGUUUUACCUUGACCGAAGUCGCGCCGGUCGUAACAGCGGAAUUUAUGACCCGUACAGAGCAUGCAGGCCAUCUCAGCAGUCUUAUGACGCAAGUCUCGGAUAUCUCUUCUCAACUCUCCGCUGCCCUCGCUCUAUCCCAGGAGUUCUCCACUCAGCAGGAGAUCAUCAGGGAGCUGGAGUCCCGCUUAGCCGGGUGGGAGGAAUGGAAACGCGGCCUCGAGGAACGCGUUGGUGGGAUCGGAGCCAGAGUGGACGUGGUGGAGACGUGGAGGAAGGAAAGGGAGGAGGAAAGGACGCGGGACGAAGAAUGGGAAAGGGAGAGAGACGAAAUGUCUGAUCCUGAUCAUGAGCUGCCGGAAGGAGAGGCAGUUCCCGGCUCCGAUGAAGAGGGGCGUGAAGGGGAAGCGGUCCCUCCUCAGGCACUAAGGCCCAGACGGAGGAGGAAGUCCAGGGGAUCAAGGCCCCAGGGAAUAAACGGGUCCACGCACACGCAUGGCUCGUCUUCCCCUUCUUCCUCCUCCGACCUAGACAAGACCCAUCCUGCCCCGCCUGCUCCGUCAGGCAGGCGCCAUCUCCCUCGCCCCGGCACGCGUGUGCGGGGCGAGCCUGGCCUGUCCGACAACCCGGGCAAGGAACGUGAUGGGUCAGAGGGGGACACCCUCGUCGAGUCCCUUCCUGAUAUGGACGGAGGCGAGGACAAGUCACUCAUCGACUCACCGAUGUCGGCCACCUUCCCUGGAGGGCCUGUGGAUCACUCACAUAAAACACACGCAGUACGUGGCUCGCUCGCUGCCCGGGCUGCAGCGGGCGCAAAGGAUCUAAGCGGUACCGGCGCGAUCGGAAACGUCCUCCUACCCGUGGCCGUGGUCGUUGUCGCCGGCAUUGCCGCUUGGGCAGUUGUCAACCGAGCACGAGAAUGAAGGGCUGGUCCCGCCAAAAACCCCAUUGCAUACAUGGUCAUGGAUCGCGUUGGGUUGGUUAUUUUUCGUCCCCGAUUCCCUUUUGCUGCGUUUUCUCAUAUUCCUCGUCUGUUACAAUAUUCUUUCUCGUCAUUCGUCGCACCUUUCCGUACAAUGCAUAUUCCUAUCCCCUCGCUCCUCCUUCCUCUCUUU